AUGAAGAAAUUCUCGCUAAGAAAUGCAAUCACGCGGAACAAUCCUUCAACCGCCAAACCCAAAUCCACGCAAAAGCACAAACUCGCACCAUCCAAGGACAAAGAAAACAAUCCUCCUUUCAAAUCCCCUAACCCUCUCAAACGCAAGCUCCCUCCCCUUCCCGAAGAUACACUCUCUACCUCUUCCGAUUCCGGCGUCAAGGUUAUUGUGAGGUUGAAACCACUGUGCAAUGACAAGGAUGAAGGAGGUUCCGUGAUUCAGAAGAUUUCCACCAAUUCCUUGUCAAUUAACUCUCAUAGUUUCUCAUUUGACUCCAUUCUUCACGCGGAGGCUACUCAGUUAGAUGUUUUUGAGCUUGUUGGUGUGCCUCUAGUAGAAAAUUGUUUGGCAGGGUUCAAUAGCUCAGUUUUCGCUUAUGGCCAGACUGGGAGUGGUAAGACUUACACCAUGUGGGGUCCUCCCAAUGCUUUGGCUGUUGAAAACUCAACCAUUGAUCAGCAAGGAGGUCUCGCCCCGCGCGUUUUCGAGAGACUAUUUGCCCGCCUAAAUGAAGAGCAAACCAAGCAUUCCGACAACCAACUCAUGUACCAGUGCCACUGUUCAUUUCUUGAGAUAUACAAUGAGCAUAUAACCGAUCUGUUAGAUCCAAAUAAAAGAAACCUACAGAUUAGAGAAGAUGUCAAAUCUGGUAUCUAUGUUGAAAAUCUUACAGAGGAGCAAGUAUGUACUGUGAAAGAUGUCAAUAAGCUUUUGAUAAAGGGAUUGCUAAACAGAACAGUAGGUGCGACCAGUGUAAAUUCUGAAAGCUCCCGUUCACAUACAGUGUUUACUUGUGUUGUUGAGUCUCGAUGCAAGAGUAUUGCAGAUCGUUUAAGCAGGUUUAAAACAAGUAAAAUCAAUCUUGUUGAUUUAGCCGGGUCAGAACGGCAGAAAUUAACAGGCGCAGCAGGAUACCGUCUGAAGGAAGCUGGCAACAUUAAUCGAUCACUUUCACAGCUUGGGAAUCUGAUUAACAUUCUUGCUGAAGUUUCUCAGACAGGAAAGCAGCGGCAUAUACCAUAUAGAGACUCCAAGUUGACUUUUUUGUUACAGGAGUCUCUUGGUGGAAAUGCAAAAUUGACAUUGCUUUGUGCUAUUUCCCCUGCACAAAGUUGUAGGAAUGAGACUUUUAGUACGUUGAGAUUUGCACAAUGUGCCAAAGCUAUCAAGAACAAAGCUGUUGUAAAUGAAGUAAUGCAUGAUGAUGUGAACCAAUUGCGAGAAGUAAUACGCGAACUCAGGGAUGAGCUGCAUCGAGUUAAAACAAAUGUUAACAAUCCCAGUGAUGGCAGCCGAGGCCAUUCAGCAGCUUUGAUCCGAAGAAGUUUGAAUUUAUUGCAGCCUAGACUCCAAUACCCGUUAUCACUACCUCACAUUGAUGAAGAUAGCGAUGAGGAGAUGGAAAUUGAUGAGGAAGGCGUUGAGGAUCAUGCUAGAGUUCUUUGCAAUUCGAACAAAGAUUCUGUUGAUAACCCUGUUAGCCUCGGUGUAGUUAAUUGUGAUACUGGCCCCGUCCUCAAAUCCCCAAAUCUCAGUGUUUCCCCAACAAUCAGCAGCAGCAGAAAAAGUUUGAAGACCUUAUCAAAGCUCUCCCCAUCUCAGAAUAACCUUCUUCGCGAAAGUGACAUAGGCAUAAAGAAUGACUUUGGCACAAAGACUGCUAAUCAGAAAAGCAUACCUACUGCCCUGUCUAGUCUGAUGGCUCAAAAUUUCCUUACUAAAACUGAAAAUUUAACCGCUAGCAUCCGGCAUGGUCUUGAAACUAUUGAUAACCACCUUUGCGCGGAAGCUAUUCGGCGAUCACCGUUGAGGCUCUCAUUGAGACCUAAAGAUUCUAAGCAAAAUUUUCCAGUGGACAAAGUUAAUGUGGGAGUACAGGCUUUCGUCGAUGAUAAGGCUGGAGAUGAAGAUUCUGUUAUGACAUGUAAUAACUGUAAAAGUAGAAUGCAGCUUGAUGGCAGUACGGUUGACAAUAACUCAAACAUGCAGUUAGUAGCUGUUGAUUGCCCUGAGUCUGCUGAUAAACCAAAGAAGCAAGUUCUCAAAGCUGCAGAGAAGGUUUUGGCAGGAUCCAUAAGGAGAGAAAUGGCACUUGAAGAGUUAUGUGCAAAGCAGGCUUCUGAGAUAUCGCAGCUCAAUUGCUUAUUGGAACAGUACAAGCACGAGACAGAAUGCAAUGCCAUAACAGGACAGGCAAGGGAAGGUAACAUUCAGCACAUUCAGAGCCUUAUGGAUGGUGAUUUACCCACCGACGAAUUCAUGAACGAAGAUCUAGUGUCCCACGAGCUUUUGAAGGAGAACUAUGAGCAUCAUCCAGAAGUUCUGAAGAUGAAGAUAGAGUUAAAAAGAGUACAAGAUAAGCUACAAGAAUAUCAGAAUUUCUAUGAAUUUGGAGAGAGGGAAGUACUGAUGGAAGAGAUAUGUAAUUUAAGAAAUCAACUGCAUUUUUAUUUAGACUAUCCAUCGACAUCUGCAAGAAAAGAAUAUCCACUCUUGCAAUUGCCUCACUCAUCUGAACCUAGUUUGGAAGCAAACCUCGAUGCCUUUCCUGAUUCAACAGAAGCUAGCACUGAGGCAAAUGCAAAUCCAGAAUCAACUGAAGAUAGUGCCGAAGUAAAACUUGAACAGGAAAGAAGUAAGUGGACUGAGGCUGAAAACAGGUGGAUUUCCCUGUCUGAAGAACUCAGAGCUGAAGUUGAAGCUAACAGGUCGUUAGCUGAAAAGAGGAAGCGUGAAUUAGAUGCUGAAAGGAAGUGCUCCAAGGAACUGAAGGAUGCAAUGCAAAUAGCUAUAGAAGGCCAUGCACGUGUUUUAGAACAGUAUGCAGAUUUGGAAGAGAAACAUGUCCAGUUGCUCGAAAGGCAUAGAAAGAUUCAUGAUGGAAUUGAUGAUAUAAAAAAAGCAACUUCCAGAGCAGCAGUAAGAAGUGCGGAGUCUAGACUUAUAAAUACCCUUGCAGCAGAAAUUUCAGCAUUAAAAGCAGAAAAAGAAAAAGAAAGGAGAAUCCUAAUAGAUGAAAAUAAAGGGCUUCAGGAUCAACUAAAGGAUACUUCUGAAGCAGUGAAAGCUGCAGGUGAGCUUCUUGUGCGGCUUAAAGAAGCAGAAGAUGGCGUCAUUACUGCACAGAAUCGUGCAAUGGAUGCCGAACAGGAAGCUGCAAAGGCCUUCAAACAAAUUGAUAAAUUGAAGAAGAAACAUGAGAUUGAGAUUAGCACACUUAAUGAGUUCAUUGCCAAAUCACGUUUGCCUAUGGAAGCAAUACAACCUACUUGUAAUGAUAAUGCCAUCCCUAUUGAUGAGGACACCAAGGAACCAUCACUCAGUGUUAAUAAGUUUGAACCAGUUUGUAAUGAAGAAGGCGAGGUUGCUAAAUCAAAAGAACAAUCAUGGUUCUCUGGUUAUGACAAAUGCAACAUAUAG